AUGGCUGCAACUGAGUCGCAAAAGUAUCUCUCCACGAGAGGGGGUGACUACGGUCUCUCGUUCGAGACCGUGGUUUUAAAAGGCCUUGCCGCAGAUGGCGGGCUUUUUCUGCCUCAUGAAGUGCCAAUCGCAGAGGAUUGGCAAAGUUGGAAAGAUCUCUCUUACAAGGAGCUUGCCUUCAAGAUUUUCAGCCUUUAUAUCUCAAGCUCUGAGAUUCCCCCGGAUGACCUGAAAGCUAUCAUUGAUCGGAGUUAUUCGACUUUCCGUGCAGACGAUGUCACCCCGUUGAUAAACGUAGAGGACAACCUAUACCUUCUUGAGCUAUUUCAUGGUCCAAGCUAUUCAUUCAAGGAUUGUGCAUUGCAAUUCUUGGGAAAUCUUUUCGAAUAUCUCCUAGUCCGGAAGAAUCAAGGGAAGCAAGGGAAAGAUAGACAUCACCUAACAGUUGUGGGUGCAACGAGUGGUGAUACCGGCUCUGCAGCAAUUUACGGUCUAAGGGGCAAGAAAGAUGUUUCAGUUACUAUCUUGCAUCCUAAAGAUCGCGUCAGUCCUAUUCAAGAGGCACAGAUGACGACUUGCAUUGACAGGAAUGUCCACAACCUCGCUAUUAGGGGGACAUUUGACGACUGCCAAGAUAUCGUCAAGGCCCUGUUUAAUGACCCUGACUCAAACAAGACCUUGAAGCUGGGUGCCGUCAACUCGAUAAACUUCUCAAGAAUUCUCGCUCAAAUCGUGUUUUACUUUUAUGCAUACUUCUCACUGGCACGAAAAUCACCUUCCUUUAAGGUCGGAGAUAAGGUUCGCUUUGUGACACCCACUGGAAACUUUGGGAAUAUCCUUGCGGGUUUCUUUGCAACCAAAAUGGGUCUUCCUGCGGACAAACUCGUCGUGGCAACAAAUGAAAAUGAUAUUCUGCAUCGGUUCUGGACAACUGGACGGUACGAGAAGGAUCCUGUCCACGGUUGCAAGGAAACAUACAGCCCGGCAAUGGAUAUCCUCGUCUCGAGCAACUUUGAGAGACUAUUGUGGUUUUUGGCGAAGGAGCAUGCUGUGACGACUGGCAAGGACGAUCAAUCCAGCAAAAAACAGGCUAGUGCAGAUAUCGUGGCCUGGUAUCAGUCGCUCAAAUCAACAGGCGGGUUUGGGCCCGUUCAUAAGGAUAUCCUGGAAAAUGGACGGCUCACAUUCGAGAGCGAUCGUGUUAGCAAUUCAGAGACAGUGGAGACUAUCAGGUCAUGUUAUAAACAGACUAAAUACAUCCUUGAUCCUCACACGGCUGUGGGUAUUACUGUUGCAAAGAGAUCGCUUGCUCGGACCAGCGGGCACAUCCAGCACAUCUCACUUUCAACUGCCCACCCUGCUAAGUUCUCCGAAGUGGUCACAUCGGCUUUGAAGGACGAGGCUGGUUUCAAUUUCGAAGAACAAGUACUUCCUGACGAGCUCAAGGCUCUCUCGUCUAAGGAAACACGUGUGACAACCGUGGAUAACUCGUGGGAGGCUGUGAGAGAGAUCGUGAAAAGCCAGACCGAAGAAGAUCUACAAGCUGAGAGUAGUGGUUGA